AUGGCAAAUGCAACGACAACACUGUCGACAGUCGCGGAAGAACUUCGGGAACUGGACCUGAUAUUUAGGAGUGGAUCUGAUCUGGAUUUUGUUGAGAAGGGAUACGGACGUAAACUAAUUCAAGGCUUGAGUACUCAAAACAACAUUUUGGAGUGUGAGGCCUUGAAAAGUCUAGGAGAUCUGUACCUGCAGAAAGCUAAGAUGAACGAUAAUAAAGUAGAGAACUUCUACAAAGCAUGUUCACUCUACACAGAACUCUUACAAUACUACAAAAUUAACGAGGAGAAGCAAGUUCUUCAACGUCGAAUCAGUUAUGCAGAGAAAUGUACGAAACUGGUACAUAAUCAACUUGCUCCCAGAAAUUCAGGCAAUACGACAUUGGCUGUAUCCAUGACAUUGCAUGGCAUAACAGAGAAGACAAGGAUUAAAAGACACGGUAUGAUGCCAUUGGUUGAAAGUUAUACAGAAUCCUUUGUAAACGCUAUCGUGGAAAGAAAUCAACGUCUGCAAACAGAAUCGUUAAAGAGUAUCGGAGAUCUGUACCUAGAAAAGGGAAGGGUUGGUAAGGACGAGGCAGUCUUCACGAAAUCAGCCGGUCUGUACCGAGCGGCGCUGGACCGCUGUGAAGAUUCAGACGGCAGAGAAACUCUGAAGCAUCGCAUCAAGUACGCGGAGAAAGUACGAGAAGUAGAAACAAGGAAAGCCAGGAAACGCCUGAAAACAGGCCCAUCACUGAAGAAAGUUGGAAGUGACAACUGCCUCACGUCUCCUCCCAUGUCGUACGAACAGCACAUACAGAAGGGCUGCAGGGCUCUGCAGGCAGGGGACCUGGACACGGCAGAACACAACUUUGCAGCUGCACUCAAGGUCGUCCAUGUGAAAG